AUGCUGAAGAAGGAGAUGGCCUAUUUUUCCCGCGUCACCAAACGCGUCCCUGGAGCAUCUUCCAUGCCCGACACCUCUAUGCUCGCCGAGACUUCGUCACAACUCUCUGAUUCCUCUGAAGUUGCGGCAACAGCAAACAUCCAACCACCACAAAAUGUGGUCGUCAUGGGCCGCAAGACCUGGGAAAGCAUACCNCCCAAAUUCCGCCCUUUGCCGCAGAGAACCAAUGUAGUCAUUUCGAGAUCUGAGAAACUUGAGGGUGUGGGUGAAGAUGUUGUUGUGGGUGAUAGCAUCUCAUCUGCUCUUUCUGCUCUUGUCGCAAAGGUCAAGGAGGGUCAAGCAGCGCCUUUGGGACGUGUGUUUGUUAUCGGCGGCGGUGCCAUCUACAAGCAAGCCUUGGAGAUGGAACAAGCCAAGAGCAUUUUGCUCACCAGAGUUGAAGGAGAGUGGGACUGCGAUACGGAUUUCCCUAUCGAUGUUGAAGCCGAGCAAGGAUGGACGAGACGGCACAAGGCAGAUUUGGACGAGUUUGCUGGUGAAGAUGUGCAGGAGGCCCAGGAGGAGGAGGUCAAGGGCGAUAAGGUCAGAUAUGAGUUUAGACUAUAUGAGAGGGUGUGA